AUGGAUGCUCCAGCUGUAGACCAACGUCGGUCGUUUGAUGGCCAUUUGAGUACUAUUCGCUAUGUAGGCACUGUUCAAGGGACCACCGGCGACUGGUUAGGUGUUGAAUGGGACGAUGCAACUCGUGGCAAGCACUCAGGAGAACAUAAAGGCAUCAGAUACUUCUCAUGCAAAAGCAAACAUCCCACAGCGGGGUCUUUUGUUCGCCCCGACAGGCCUUCAGACAAGCCUCUGAACUUCCUAGAGGCCUUGCGGGAGAAGUAUGCUUCUGAGUCUGAGAACAGCCCUGCUGAAAAUUCCUUGGUUGGUGGAGCAACAGUUCGAGGCAAGCCAAUUGAAAUUAGCGGCAAGGUUGUUGAAGAAGUUGGCUUCGACAAAAUUCGGAAACAGCUCGCCGAGCUCCAAGAGUUACGCAUUGUUUUGCUUGAUGGCCUACGGAUUGCCGGGGUCCUUUCGUCCUACAACCAGGAUCAAGCCUCACAUAGUGAGGCAGCACAAAAGAUUGGAGAAACUUGCCCCAGGAUCACGGAACUUGAUCUCAGUCGAAGCUUAUUGAGCCGAUGGCGUGAUGUUUGGGAUAUCUGCGAUCAGCUCAAGCACCUGAAACGACUGAAGUUGAAUGGAAACCGGUUUCAGGCUUUCGAAGAUGAUCUGACCUUCAGGGGAAUCAAUGAGCUACAUUUAGAAGAAACUUUGCUUAGCUGGGAUGAGAUUGCUACCAUUGCAUAUCGAUUCCCUGGCUUGACAACUCUCACAGCAUCUGCGAACCAGCUCUCUGAGAUAACCUGUCCACUACCUAGCACUAUCACAACAUUAACCAUCGAACACAACGAUAUUACCUCAAUAUCAGCUCUUCGGUAUCUUGCUGGACUUCCAAAAUUGGAGCACCUCUCCGUUCGUGGGAACGGCAUCAGCACCGUGAACCAAAACACGACAGAUACAACCCUAGACUUCCAAUUUCCGUCAACUCUCCGCUCCCUCGAUAUAUCCCGCAACAACAUUACCUCCUGGGCCAUUCUGAACACACUCCCCACAGUCUUCCCAGGUCUAACUACCCUCCGAAUCACCGGCAAUCCCCUAUUCGACCAGCCACCCCUCCCACCCUCUGUCGCAGAAGCCUCCAAACCAAUGACCGUCGACGAAGCCUUUAUGCUAGCCCUAUCUCGCUUCCCAUCCACCCUCACCACCUUAAACUACAGUACUAUCUCACUACAAGACCGCUCCAACGCAGAGAUGUACUACCUAUCCCUCAUUGGCAAAGAACUUUCCGCCACGACCGAAGCAGAAGAGCCCGCCAUUCUCGCUACACACCCGCGAUACAGCGAGCUGUGCGAACUAUACGUCGAGCCGACUAUUACAAGAGCCGUUGUAUCCUCUUCAGGCGCCAGAAUUAUCCAUCCACGGUCCGUCGCAGCGCGACUGGUCAAGAUGGCCUUCCAUCUACCACUUGGAAACGAAGAAUCCAAAAGUCGAGUCAAAGAAAUUCCUGGCUCAUUCGAUACGUACCAGGUCAAGGCGUUGGUGUCGCGGCUCUUCGGCCUACCGGCGUUUGGGUUCCGGCUAUUCUGGGAGACGGAUGAGUGGGAUCCUGUGGAGAAGGAAGUUGGUGAUGAGGCCAUUGUUGAAUGGGAUGAGGAUAGUGAGGAUGAGUCUCGACCUGACGUUGGCUUUCGGGUUGAGACAACGGGCGAUGGCCCUGAUAAGAGUCGGUUUGUGCGUAGGGAGGUGGAGCUAGCUGAUUCGACAAGGGAUAUUGGGUUCUUGUUUCAAAAUGAGGUGGGAGAGGUUAGGAUUCGGGUUGAGAUGCCUGAUUGUGCGUCUAAGAGGUAG